AUGUCCAUUGACGUGGCCUUGGCAGUCAGCACUUCUCUUCCGACUUGCUUCUACAAUUUUCCUAUCUUUGAAUUGGAGUAUACAGGUGCCGACAGCAUCCCUGGGUCUCCAUGCCAAAUUCUGACCAACAAUGGCACUGCCAGUACGCCAGAAGUCGGUGUGACAUACAUGCCCUCCAACCUGGCAGACAUUUUCACCGACGACUUCUGCUUUUGUUCUGGAAGUAACAAAGAAUGUACUGAUCUGUAA